CAUGCUAGUGAGAUAAGACUUGCUAGUGAGAUAAGAGGUGCUAGUGAGAUAAGACGUCCUAGUGAGAUAAGACGUCCUAGUGAGAUAAGACGUCCUAGUGAGAUAAGACAUGCUAGUGAGAUAAGACUUGCUCGUGAGAUAAGAGGUGCUAGUGGGAUAAGACUUGCUAGUAAGGUAAGACAUGCUAGUGAGAUAAGACGUGCUAAUGAGAUAAGACAUGCUAGUGAGAUAAGACGUGCUAGUGAGAUAAGAUGUGCUAGUAAGAUAAGACAUGCUAGUGAGAUAAGACGUGCUAGUGAGAUAAGACAUGCUAGUGAGAUAAGACGUGCUAGUGAGAUAAGACGUGCUAGUGAGAUAAGUUAGUGCUAGUGAGAUAAGACGUGCUAGUGAGACAAGACGUGCUAGUGAGACAAGACGUGCUAGUGAGAUAAGUCAGUGCUAGUGAGAUAAGACGUGCUAGUAAGAGAAGAUGUGCUAGUAAGAAUCUGUCGUUCUGCCCCUGAACAGGCAGUUAACCCACUGUUCCUAGGCCGUCAUUGAAAAUAAGAAUAAGAAUUUGUUCUUAAUUAACUGACUUGCCUAGUAAAAUAAAGGUAAAAGAAAGAAAGAAAAGAUAAGGACAAGGGUGUUGCUGUUUGUUUCUGAAGAUAGAGCCAGUUCCUAAUCUUACCCCUAACCUUAGCCUAAGUAACUUUGACCUUUUAUCCCUUAUCCUUAUCCCACGUUAAGGACAAGUAGCUCAAGUAGCUCGGACUUACCCCUAACUUACCCCUAACCUUGCACAUAAAUUCUGAUGAUUACAGUCCUCUACUGCUGCUGCAGUGUCAUGAGUAGCAUUAUAUAAGGGCUGUACUGAGGUCAGUGUUGACAGACAGAGCAAGCCUUGAGUGGACAAGACAGCACCAUGAAGCUGACCCUGGACCAGUUAUCAGCCCAGCUCAGCUUCACUCCUCUGCUGCAUGUAGAGAACGCCGCACAGGCCAGACUCAACAACAGUUACAGCUUCUACGACUCCCUCCUCCUCCCCUCAUCCUCCUCCUCAUCCCUCCUUCCCCCUGACUCUCUCCUCCCGUCUUCCUCCCUCUACCCUCCUGAUCCUCCCCUCUUCUCCUCCUCCUCGUCCCUCUUCCCCUCUUCCCUCCUCCCUCCUGAUGAUUCAGAGCUGACCAGUUUGUUAUGGACGGUCCAUGAGCCGACCACGGUGGCUCUGACACUCAUGUACUGCCUGUCCUUCCUGGUGGGGUUCGUAGGGAACAUCAUGUCAAUGAAGGUGCUGACCAACCGACGUAGCGAGAGGCUAGCCGCGGUCAGCGCCACGCGGUACCUCCUGGUUAACCUGGCGGUGUGCGACCUGGCCGUGGUGUGUGUCUGCAUGCCCAUAACGCUGGGUCACCAGAUCUACUCGGCCUGGGUCUACGGGGACUUCCUGUGCCGAGCGGUCCCCUUCACCCAGGCCGUCUCUGUGUCGGCUAGCGUGCUAACGCUAACGGUCAUCAGCGUCAACCGUUACUUCAGUGUACGCUGCCCGCUCCGCGCCCGCUCCCUCUUCACCCGCCGCCGGAUCCUCGGGACGGUCGCCGUGGUGUGGGUGGUGUCAUCGGCGAUCUGCGCCCCAUUGGUGUUCAUGAACCGGCGAGAUGAGAUCAGCCUGGGGGCGUCGUUUGUGAUCCCUGUGUGCCAGGAGGUGUGGCCGGGGCCGCGUCUGAAACAGGGCUACACCGUCCUGCUCUUCGUGGCGCUCUACUGCAUCCCCGUGACCUUUAACCUCACCAUCGGCUUCCUGACUGGCCGCCGGCUCUGGGGGGACGGGAAGCGGACGUUUACGGAACUUGACUCCAGAAGCCGAGCGCUGCACACUGAGCGCCUCAAGACGAGGAAGAAGAUCGCCAAAAUGGUGGUGUCCCUGGUGCUGCUGUUUGCAGUUUCCUGGCUGCCCCUGUAUCUGGCUGAGUUCUGGAUCGACCGAGUGCAGCAUCCGCCAUCUUGGCUCAUGCAGAGCCAACCCUUUGCCCAGUGGCUGGGCCUCACCAACUCCAGCCUCAAUCCUAUCUGCUACUGUUUCAUAGGUGAUCUCCACCGUGGGGCCAAGGUGUUCCGUACCCACUACCACCGCCGGAUCGCUGCUCUCUUUGGUUCCUCUUUCGCCAACUCCGCCACGACCACUGCCGCCGAGGGAGGAGUAGCCGCGGCAACCGUGGCCGCGUCCACGACAGCCAUUCCCAAGUUGUUUACCUUUUCCAGGGCGGCAGGGGGGCCAGGCAAGAUAGAGGACAGGUCUGAUUACAGUCUGUCUGACUGGUACAAGUCCAGCCCCAGUGUGUGUGAGAAAUCCCUACUACCCAGUCAUCCUGACAGGCCACAAACACUCUCUAUACGGACCGUCUGUGGGGACAUAAUGGACACCUCCCCUUUAAAUAGAGACUGUGGGGGUAGGAAGGACACACUCCCUUUAAGAAGUCACUCUGAGGACGAACGAGGGGACACCCUCCCUUUAUGGCCUUUAGCAUCUGAGGACAGAAGAGACACCUUGCAUUUAAGACCGGCCUUUGGGGACAGACUGGACACCCAGAUUGGACACCCUCCUUUAAGCACUGUCUCUGUGGACAGCAGAGUGGACACCUCUCCUUUAAGACCAGAUGAUGGGGGUGAGAAAACAGACAGCCUCCCUUUAAGAGGAGACACCUCUCCUUUAAGACCAGAUGAUGGGGGUGAGAAAACAGACAGCCUCCCUUUAAGAGGAGACACUUCUCCUUUAAGUCGAGACUCUGAGGACAUUAUAUCAGACCAUAUAACAAGCCUGUGAA